ACAGAAAUGGCUAAAGCUUGUGUAAUCACAUUCCUUUUCUUUUUCAUUUGCAUUUCGUCCUCCCCCACUUUCGCCUCCGCUGCAGGCCCUUCUAAACAAAACAAGUACAUCAUCGUAGGCCGAGUUUACUGCGACACUUGCCGCGUCGAAUUCGAGACCAAACUCAGCGAACCCAUCAAUGGUGCGGUUGUGAAACUGGAAUGCAAGAAUCGUACCACCGAAGCAACUACCUAUCAGAGCAACGAAAUAGCGACGAAUCCAUCUGGAGAGUACAGAAUCGAAGUGACGGGUGACUACGAGGAUUCCGACUGCGAUAUCAACCUGAUAAGGAGCCCCAGGGACGACUGCAGCGAACCGACGGAAAGCUGGAGGAAAGCUAGGGUUGUCCUCACCGCACGCGACGGCAUCAGCGGCGAGCUUCGGUACCCCAACAACCUUGGGUUCAAGAAGAAGGAAGCUCUCCCUGGGUGUAAAAAAGUUCUUACAGAUAUGGGAUAUUAUGAACUCAAAGAAGAACUUGGCAACGAAGCCGUCGCAUAAACGCAACACAAGGGAAAACUUUGUUAUGAAUUUCGGCUUCGACAUCUAAAA